AUGGGAGCCCAGGGAGUCGUUCCCACAGAGCGGCAUAAGGCGUGCGCAGUCUCCUCAGUCCGCAUUUCGUCCCCGCGCGCUCCUCUGGGGGGCGCGUUCUCCAGCGUCCUGGCUCCCAGGGCCGUGGGCGUCCGAGCGGUGGCCUGGCUGCUCCUCUGGGAGGCGGCUGGACUCACCAGCACACCAGGCACGGCCUUCGCCGCCGCCCCCAUCGACGCUGGCAUAAGGGCCACUUGUUCAGAAAUUAUUUUGAGGCAAGAAGUUUUGAAAGACGGUUUCCAUAGAGACCUUUUAAUAAAAGUGAAAUUUGGAGAAAGCAUUGAGGACUUACAGACCUGCCGACUCUUAAUUAAACAGUACAUCCCGACAGGACUUUUUGUGGAUCCAUAUGAGUUGGCUUCAUUACGAGAGAGAAACAUAACAGAGGCAGUGAUGGUUUCAGAAGACUUUAAUAUAGAAGCUCCCAAUUAUUUGUCCAAGGAAUCCGAAGUUCUAAUUUAUGCCAGACAAGAUUCACAGUGCAUUGACUGUUUCCAAGCUUUUUUGCCUGUGCACUACCGCUAUCAUCGGCCACAUAGUAAAGAUGGGGAAACCUUUAUUGUGGUCAAUAACCCUGAUUUAUUGAUGUAUUGUGACCAAGAGUUUCCAAUUUUGAAAUGCUGGGCUCAGUCACAAGUGGCAGCUCCUUGUGCUUUGAAGAAUAAGGAUAUCUGCCAGUGGAACAAUAUGAAAUAUAAAUCAGUAUAUAAAAACGUGACUCUACAGGUUCCAGUCGGACUGACUAUACAUACCUCUUUAGUAUGUUCUGUGACUCUGCUCAUUACCAUCCUGUGUUCCACUCUAAUCCUUGUGGCUGUUUUCAAAUACGGCCAUUUUUCCCUAUAAGUUUUAUGGAGUUUAAUGCUUCCCAUAAACCUAAAUAAGACCUAUUUACUUGCGAUUAGAAGUGCUCUUCUAGAAUUGUCAUUGCUUUUGUAUUCAUUUAUGUCUAAAAUUAUGUGUACUAGAGGAAAUUUUGGAUCAUUUUCAACCAAUUCCAGAAUUUAGUGCUCUGUUGUAUAGACCUUUGAUAAUCUUCAAGCAAGUGCCAAUAGAAGAGGAAACUUAAUUUUGUUAAAUA